GACGUUCUCUUCCGGAACAGGCCUGUGCCCCGGAAGCAGUUGUUUGUUGAGCGACUCUGGGCCCGUUUAGGAGACUGCGGGUGUAUUGUCACCAUGUUCCUGUCCGCGGUCACCUUUGCCAAGAGCAAGUCAAAAACCAUUCUGGUGAAAAUGCUGAGCCAAGCUGGGACAGGUUACUCCUUCAACACUAAGAGAAGCCGACUACGGGAGAAACUGACUCUCCUACAUUAUGAUCCAAUUGUGAAAACAAAAGUUCUCUUUGUGGAACAGAAGAAAAUACGUUCCCUAUAAACAAUGGAUUGAAAAUGAAUUUGAUUUAUAAAUGAGAAGACUGAGGGCGGGGUACUGAUUCAGAAAUUGUGCAGCGUGUUAUAAAAGAAGAGGAAAUGGCACGGAAUCACUGCCUCCUGUGAUUUGAAGGCCAUUGUGAAGAAAAACAAUGUACCGAAAGAAAGUUCUUCAUAUUAGGACAUAUAUCAUUGCAUCACAUUUAUUUAUCUUUCUGGAUAUUUUUAUAGCCCUUAAUAAAAAAUAUUAAAAUA